AUGUGCCCCUUCAAUAUAUUGAAGAGUCCCGUCCUAGGCGCUCAUCCCAAUUCCAACUUCCACCUAAAGGGGUAUCUUUGUUCUAAGUUGAACCGCCCUAAUUCACCCAAACCCAAAAAAAUAACAAACCUAGAAUUGUUCAUUUUCAUUUUGCCUCGCUGAUGUUUGUUCAUACAUCACUGCUCUAUUUAGCGUAAAAAAAAAUGAAUUCGCAGCUUCAUCUCCGUGCUAGUCAUCUCCCUAAUCAUUGCAUUUUGUUGCCACCAACGUCCUCGCACACAUUUUCUGUAUUGAAUUCUUGGGGAGAAAACAGAGUGGUCUUAGGCCUUGGGAGAUCUUUCUUGGGUUUGAACGAAAGAAUAUUAGGAAGCAGAAGAAAGACAUUGAUUAACAAAAGAAAGAAGGAUUGUUGGGUUAUAAGAGCAUCGGCAGGAGGUGCAGCAGUAUGGGAUGGUUGGAUGCCAGAAAAGUCCUCGAAAACUCCUUCAUUAAGUGAGAUUUUUUGGCCUUCAGCAGGGGCAUUUGCGGCAAUGGCAAUGCUAGGAAAGAUAGACCAAAUAUUGGCAGCGAAAGGGAUAUCUAUGACUAUAGCUCCACUAGGAGCUGUUAGUGCUGUCCUAUUUGCCACCCCUUCUUCUCCCGGUGCUAGGAAGUACAAUAUGUUUAUGGCACAAAUUGGUUGUGCAGCCAUUGGGGUUUUGGCAUUCACAAUAUUGGGCCCAGGUUGGCUAGCUCGAAGCACCGCCCUUUCAGCUGCCAUGGCUUUCAUGAUUUAUACCCGUUCUGUUCAUCCUCCUGCUGCAAGUUUGCCGUUGUUGUUUAUUGAUGGAGCUAAGUUGCAUCAGCUCAACUAUUGGUAUGCUCUGUUCCCUGGAGCUGCUGGAUGCAUUCUUCUCUGCUUAAUACAAGAGAUUGUGUGUUACCUAAAAGAGAAUGUCAAAUUCUGAUGUACAAAGUCAAGCGGAUGAUUUCGGUUUAUAUUUGUGAAUAAGAUCAUAUGAUUCUCAUUCAACCAAGAAAUUGUAUUUGUGAAUAACAUAUCAUUCUGGAAAUUGUCAGCAUGAUAUUAUUUUACCAUGUAUUAAAUGCCAUCAGGAAAUAUCACUAAUUUGUGAUCAUCAUAAGCUA